UGGGGCCGACUUGGUGGCCGCCUUCGUGGAGCGCCGGGUAUCUCCUCUCCAAAGACGGCCCCACAUGAUGUGCCAGAUGAGCGGCCGCUUCGACCCAAGCCAGCUGAGCACCAGGGAGAUGCCUCACGCGGAGGUAUCGUAUAUGGUAAACUAUAUCUCCAACUGCAAGCUCGCCGAGGACUGGUGAUACGGCAAGGCGCCGUAUUCUCGCUCCAACCCUCCGCCCAUGAACCCCCUUCUCCCGCCGACGACCGGAGCAGCGGGGAUAGAACACCAGUAUGCCCCCAACCGCACGGCAGACGACGUCGACGACCCGGACUUGGGGGCGGCCGCCAUGGAAGACGCCGUCGUGGGGGACGACGCCGAGCCCGGGGGCUCAAGGCUCACCGCGAGCUUCGAGGACUGGCCGGACGAUGCUGAAGCCGAAGUCGCCCCGCGUCGCCAGCCGGCGGCCGACCAUCAGGGCGUGGGCUCGUCCAUCGCGCCGACUGCCGGUGGUGGUGCACAGAAGCGCCGGGCCGCUUCAGGCCUCUUCGGCAGUCGGCCGAAGAAGUCCAAAGCCUCCACCGCAGCGACCAAGCGAGACGAGGCGGCCGCGAAAGCGGCCCGCUUCCGCAAGGCGGUGAAGCAGCCUCAGGCGGUCUCAGCGUAAGUCGUCAAUUGCCUUGUCGCAUGCUCUUCAUCAUUCUCUUCUUGUUCGAGCAUUCUUCUUAAUUUCUUUCGUUUGCUGGACAGGGCGCCGCUUUCCCUUGAGCGUGGUCCAGGCGGCUCCGUAGUUGGGCCGACUGGAGGUUCUUCAAGCUCCCGCCGCGUGGACCCCCGCGCCGACCUCAGGGAGGCCACAGAGCGGAACGCCCGUGAAGCGCGGGAGGAGCGCGAGGCGGCGGAGAAAGCGGCCGCCCAGGCGGCGAGGGAGCAGGCCGACGCGGCAGCCAAGGCCCAGACGGAGGCAGCGACCGCGGAGCCGGAGGCGGAGGGUUCGCGCAACCAGCCUCCGCUGCUCGCCAUUCCCCUCCGAGCCGUGGCCCCCAACACCCCUUUGCCCUUGGCGGAGGAGAUCGUCCAAGACCCGCCGCUGAUGGAGAGGGGGAGGACCCCGUGGCCUUUGCGCGGAGAGCGCCGCCAGCAGCGCCAACUGGAGCGGGCCAAGGCGGCCAAUCGUCAGCGGCGCCGGGGGGGCCGACCGAGGGUGAGCCGGAGGACAGAGCCGGCCUUGAGAUGCAGCCGGUGACGGGCCGGCGCGCAGGGGGAGGCGCCGCUCCGCCGGAGUUGCGCCGAGUCGCGGGCGCAGGCCAGUCGGCGGAAGAUCUGGAGGCGGCCAGCACUGCCACGUCCGAGUGGACUCCCAGCGGGGGGACU